AUGGUCGGCUCUCUCAUGCUCUAUGGCGACAGGAGCUCCAACAUACCCUACAUUGACUGUCUCUUCUUUGCCAGUGGAGCGGCCACCCAGAGCGGGCUAAACACAAUCGACGUGAACAAACUGUCGCGAUACCAGCAAAUCUUACUCUACAUCAGCGCCUGCUUCUGCACGCCCAUCUUCAUCCAUGGCUCCGUCGUCUUUGUCCGCCUGUUCUGGUUCGAGAAGCGGUUUAUGAAUCUGGCAAAAGAGGCACGCAGCCGGAGCGGCCUGCGCACCCGCACAAUUUCGAGGAGAAAGAGCGAGAUGGCGGCGGACAAUGAGCGGGACAUGUCGCAGGAAGAGCGGGGCGUGGGCAAUCGGGAGAUUCGCGUCAUGCGCGCCUCCGACGGCCAGGCAGACGGUGGGCCCAUCGAGGACGAGCACGCCUUCCGCACGGGCAAAGAGGGUGCUGGAAUUCGCAGGUCCUCGCACUCGUCCGACGGCGAGGCCUCGCCUUUUGAGGUCCCGACCACGCCUGUGCAGGAAACGCCGUCGGGCAUCGUCUGGGCGGACCAUCUCAGCACACCCAAGGACCAGGAGGAGAAGCGUCUGAGCGAGUCGGUCGGCCCCAAGGAGCGAUUUCCAGAGGCGGACAAGGAGAAGAGCAUUGCGUUUGUCGAAGCCCAGCGCAACCGCACGGAAAAGGCCAAACUUCGCAUCCCAGGCCCGCGUGAUUUUGACCGCGGACUGGUUCCCGAGCAGAUUGAAGACCAGCACUUGGACCGGACCAUGAGCAGGGUUUCUCAGGACUCACAUGCCCGGCUCGAACGGGGCCACCUCAUGCCCCCGGCUGCCUACGCAGACGGCCCCGGCCCUACCACGGGCGCUUCUGUGUACACUCGAGCCCGGACGCAGGAAAUUGGCGAGUCGUCAGGCCCCACGCCAUCCAUGCACAUUCGCAAUCGAUCGCGAUCGAGGACGUUUGCUACGUUCCUCACGCGGACCAAAGAGGAGGAUGAAGAUCCCAUGCCCUAUCUCAGCUGGACACCGACGAUUGGUCGCAACUCCAACUUUGUCGACUUGAACGAAGAGCAACGCGAGGAACUGGGGGGCAUCGAGUACCGCUCGCUGAAGCUCUUGGCUGUCAUUCUUUUGUUGUUUUAUGGCGGAUUCCAUGUCCUCGGUGUUACCUGUCUUGCGCCCUGGAUCAACCACACCCCGCGCUUCACCAAGGUCGUCACAGACGUUGGCGUCAAUCCAACGUGGUGGGGUUUCUUCACGGCCGCCUCGCUGUUCAACGACCUCGGGCUCACGCUGACGCCCGACUCGAUGAUCUCGUUUCAGUUUGCUGUGCUGCCUCUGGUCCUCGGCACCUUUCUCAUCAUCAUUGGCAACACUGGGUUCCCGUGUAUGCUGCGCUUUGUCAUUUGGACACUGUCCAAGCUGGUGCCAAAGGGGAGUGGGGUAUGGGAGGAACUCCGCUUCCUGCUCGACCAUCCCCGUCGGUGCUUCACCUUGCUCUUCCCCAGCAAAGCCAACUGGUGGCUGUUUGCCGUGCUCAUUCUGCUCAACGGCAUCGAUCUGAUCUUCUUCAUUGUCCUCGAUCUCCACGACCCAACCGUCACCAGCAUCCCCGGCGGCUACCGCUUCCUCGCCGGUCUCUUCCAGGCGGCGGCAACGCGCACCGCCGGCUUUGCGGUUGUCAACAUUGCCGACCUGCACCCGGCCGUCCAGGUCUCGUACCUGAUCAUGAUGUACAUCUCCAUCUUCCCCAUUGCCAUGUCGAUGCGGCAGACGAACGUGUACGAGGAACGAUCGCUGGGCGUGUGGGCGGGCGACGAGGACGAGGACGCCAAAUCCUCGUACCUGUCGCACCACCUGCGCCGCCAACUCUCCUUUGACCUCUGGUUCGUCUUCCUCGGCUUCUUCCUCAUCGCCAUUGUCGAGGGCUCCCGGCUAGAAAACACAAACGAGUACGCCUUCUCGCUCUUCUCCGUCCUCUUUGAAAUCGUAUCCGCCUACGGCACCGUCGGCCUCAGCCUCGGCUUCCCCGGCACAAACGCCUCCUUUUCCGCCCAGUUUCGCACCCUCUCCAAACUCAUCAUCAUCGCCAUGCAGAUUCGCGGUCGCCAUCGCGGUCUCCCCUACGCCCUUGAUCGCGCCAUCCUCUUGCCGUCGGAGAGCUUGCACGCAAAGGAAAAUGAAGAUGCAACUCGUCGGGCCCGUCGGCUGAGUACCAUGGAUUUUGGCGCCCCGCUUGAUCCAGCGCUGAGUCGCCAGGGGACCGGGUUGAGUCGAAGGAGUAGUGUCGAGGGUGAGGGGAGGUCGGAGCGGUUUGCGCCGAGGCGGUUGAGGCGGAUCUUGAGUGGCGCGUUUACGGCUGGGCCGGCGAUUAGGGAGAAGAUGAGUUAG